UAUAGGUCCACUCAUCGGAGAUAGUCUGAAUUGUGGCCUUUUGCUGCUACUUACAUACACCAGAAUGGAACAUCAUGACUGGCAGAGAGGGAGGAGCAGAGGCCACCGGCGAUAUGAAGAUGAAGAUGUCCAGCCAGUGUACAUCGGAGUCCCAGUUUCUCACAGAAGGAAAAGGCGCAGACGUCACGCUUAUGCCAAAUCUGCUGAGCAAGAGAUGCAUCACUCACACGGCGACCACCACAUUCAUCACGAGCACCCAAGGCGGGGCUACUACCACGAGAGAGAGGAGAGAUAUGAAGAAGAUGAGGGGAGCAUCGAGAGCCACGAUCCUGACCUCUUGGUCUCACCUGCUGCUGAGAGAUUACGUCACAUUUUGGGAGAUGAUGAUGGCACGCCCACACCCACAAUCUUCACAGAAAUGGACACACUACAGCACGAUGGCGGGGAGCUUGAGUGGAAAGAGUCCGCCAGAUGGGUGAAGUUUGAGGAGAAGGUGGAGGAAGGAGGAGAGAGAUGGAGCAAGCCACAUGUGUCCACGCUGACCCUUCAUAGUCUGUUUGAGCUGCGCACGUGUCUCCAGACUGGCACCAUCCUGCUCAACCUCGAGGGGAAUUCCCUUCCGCAGAUUGUGGAUGAGAUACUGGAACGACACAUAGCUGAUGGCCUCAUUGCCCCAGAUCUGAAGGAGAAGAUCAGUUUCAUCCUUCUUAGAAAGCAUCGCCACCAGACUAAGAAACCCAUACACCGCUCAUUGGCAGACCUAGGGAAGCCCUCCAAUCCAGCUCUGAACCGUAGUCCUCUUAAUCUGAGUCGUAGCACUAGUUCAGCUUCUGGGAUCCAUCGCUCCACAGAAGACCUUCGCUCUCGGCAGUCGAGCAGCCUUGGCCGUCUGCAUUACAACCAGAGCCGAAGCAUGAAUGAUAUUUCAGACACGCCAAGCACAGAUCAGUUAAAGAACAAGUUCAUGAAAAAGAUUCCUCGAGAUGCUGAAGCAUCCAACGUUCUUAUUGGUGAGGUGGACUUUUUGGACAAACCAUUUGUUUCCUUUGUGCGCUUGUCCCAAGCCAUAACUCUAGGAGGCCUCACUGAGGUCCCUGUCCCGACCAGGUUUCUCUUUAUUCUGCUGGGCCCUCACGGCAAAACCAAAUCUUACAAUGAGAUUGGCAGAGCUAUUGCUACUCUUAUGGUGGAUGAUCUCUUCAGUGAUGUUGCGUACAAAGCUCGUGACAGAGAGGACCUGAUUGCUGGUGUUGAUGAGUUUCUGGAUGAAGUCAUUGUUCUUCCACCAGGGGAAUGGGACCCUAAAAUUCGCAUAGAACCUCCGAAGAAAGUUCCAUCUGCAGAAAUGAGGAAGUCAGUGCUGAACUUGAAUGAGCUUGGUAAAAUGAAUGGCUCAGUUGGUGGAGGAGCUGUGGCAGAAGAUGAUGAGAUGCCUCCUCAGCAUGAGCUUGGAGAGGAACUGAAGUUCACUGGGAGGUUUGGCGGUGGCUUGUGGCUUGACAUUAAAAGGAAGAUCCCAUGGUAUUGUAGUGAUAUCUAUGACGGCUUUCAUAUCCAGUCUAUCUCUGCUGUGCUCUUCAUUUACCUUGGUUGCAUCACUAAUGCCAUAACCUUUGGGGGUUUGCUGGGAGAUGCUACUGACAAUUACCAGGGAGUGAUGGAAAGUUUUCUCGGCACUGCUCUGGCUGGAACUGUAUUUUGUUUGUUUGCUGGGCAGCCUCUCAUCAUUCUCAGCUCUACUGGCCCCAUUCUCAUCUUUGAAAAACUACUAUAUGAAUUCAGCAAGAAUAAUAAUGUUGACUACAUGGAGCUACGUCUGUGGAUCGGCCUUCACUCGUGUGUGCAGUGUUUUGUGCUUGUUCUGUCAGAUGCCAGCUACAUCAUCAAAUACAUGACCCGCUUCACUGAGGAGGGCUUCUCUAGCCUCAUCUCUUUUAUAUUUAUUUCUGAUGCCAUCAAGAAGAUGGUAGGAGCCUUUAAGUAUUAUCCAAUAAACCGAGGUUUUAAAUCGGACUACAUCACAUCUUACAGGUGUGACUGUCUUGCUCCAGAUCAGGCCUCUGCACUGGGCAUUAAUGUCUCAGCUCCACUGGCGGACGACAACAUGACUAUGCUGUUUAAUCUGACUGAUAUGGGCUACAGCCAGCUCACUAAGAAAGACUGUGUGAAGUUUGGUGGCUCUCUGGUGGGAAAGGCCUGUAAGUAUGUGCCAGACCUGGCGCUUAUGUCCUUCAUCCUCUUCUUCGGCACCUACUCCAUGACCAUCUCACUCAAGAAAUUCAAGUCUAGCCGCUACUUCCCAACAAAGCUGCGCUCUCUGAUCAGUGACUUUGCCAUCAUCAUUUCUAUCCUGGUCUUCUGUGGUUUGGACUGUCUGCUAGAGUUGGACACCCCCAAACUCCACGUCCCCACCCAGAUAAAGCCAACACGUGCAGACCGUGGCUGGAUAGUAAUGCCAUUUGGUAAAAACCCCUGGUGGUGGUACAUAGCCAGCGCCGUCCCUGCUCUCCUGGUGACUAUACUCAUUUUUAUGGACCAGCAGAUCAGUGCUGUCAUUGUCAAUCGCAACGAAAAUAAACUCAAGAAAGGAUGUGGCUAUCACCUGGACCUUUUCUGGGUCGGGGUUCUUAUGGCUGCAUGCUCCUUCAUGGGUUUACCUUGGUAUGUCGCUGCUACUGUGAUCUCCAUCGCUCACAUCGACUCUCUGAAAAUGGAGAGUGAGAGCAGUGCCCCGGGAGAGCAGCCUCAGUUCCUCGGUGUCAGGGAGCAGAGGCUCACAGGUAUUCUGGUGUUUGUCCUCACGGGAGUGUCUGUCUUCCUCGCUCCAGUGCUGCAGUACAUCCCGAUGCCUGUUCUCUAUGGUGUUUUCUUGUACAUGGGAGUUGCCUCAUUAAGUGGAAUCCAGUUCUGGGAAAGAAUCAAGUUGUAUCUGAUGCCAAUUAAGCACCAGCCGGACUUCUCCUUCCUGCGCCACGUUCCUCUGAGGCGUGUGCAUCUGUUCACAUUGAUCCAGAUUGUCUGCCUGGCAGUGCUCUGGAUCCUCAAAUCCACCUUUCUGGCCAUUGUCUUCCCAGUAAUGAUUCUGGGUUUGAUGGUGGUUCGAAAGUUACUGGAUUUUAUAUUUUCACAACAUGACCUGGCGUGGCUCGAUGACAUUCUGCCAGACAAAGAAAAAAAGAAGAAGGAGGAUGACAAAAAGAAAAAGAAAGAGAAGAAAACAGGGCAGCCCGAUAGCGAUGAGGAGCCCCACAGCUCAUCCCCCUAUUCCCAGAAGAUUCCCAUGGCAAUAAUAGAUCCUCCUACUGAACCAGACCUCACAUCUGUUUCCCCAAACCAGCCCAUUCACUGAGACAAAUCCAUACUCGACAGUCACCUCCGAUGAUGAUGAGCUGGACCGCAGGUACUGUGUGCUGAAGCUGCACGUGCCCUACAGUGAUGUGAUGUAACCUGGACACAAGCUUAGUGGAAGUACAGGAGAUUAAAACUGACUUUAUCCAAAAUGUUUAAAACAGAAGUAUUUGGCCUCAAUGUAACAGUUCUCUAUUUUUAGAUAGAACACACUGGCUUUGUCUAGAUAGGCCUAUUGAGAAUUGUUUUCAGGAUUCUAUGAUAGCUUUU